UCUCUCUUUCUCUGUAUUCUCACUUGAAUCUUUGCUGAUUCCUCUAUCAAACCAACCAACCAACCAACCAACCAACCAAUCAAUCAACCAACCUUAUCGCCAUGGCAGCAGACUUGGUGGUUGGCAUCGACAUUGGGAUGACUGGGACUGGAAUCGCCCACAAAUCGAAGUGGGAUGGAAAACCAACAGCUUUGAGGUGGGGGAAAGACAUAAAAAUCCCCACCAGGUUGUUCUACUGUGACCGUCAUCAGCCACCAAAGCUCGUUGGAUGGGGACUAGAAGUCCCCGAUGAUUCUGCGAAGCCAUUUACAACUCGAGAAUGGUUCAAGGUAGACUUUGGAAACAAGGAUGCCGACCAGACGCAGGUCGAGAGCCUCUACACCGAUUUCCUUGGUUGUUUAUACCAGGAACUGAGGUUCAGACAGUUUACACCAAAGAUUCUAAGAGGAAAGUCCUUUGAAGAAUCCACCAUUAACUUUCUUUUCAGUGUUCCCGCCACAUGGGACCCAGCUCUCGUGAGCAAUUUCAAACAACUUAUUUCUAACGCCGGGUUUGACCAUGUUAAAGACCACACUAUUCAUGUGGCCAUGACUGAGCCACAAGCGGUUGCUGCGUUCCAGAUGUGCCGAUCACAGUCGUCUGACCAAACCAAGGACGGCGACAAUGUCUUGAUCGUCGACGCUGGCGGGGGCACUACUGACUUUUGCUUGCUGAAGAUCCAAGAUAAAUUCCAUGGAACAUCCGAGGUCCACAAAUCAUCUCAGGCUAUCGAGAUACAACCGGUAUCUGCUUGUGGAAUUGGUUCCGUCAACAUUGACAAGGACUUCGAAGACUUGGUGAAGGAACACGUUGAAAGUCACGGAGGAAUUCUCACAAAAUCCCCCGAACAAGUUGCUUGGCACGUACGAGAUAGCGACGAUUAUCGAGAUUGCAAGCACAAAUUUGGGACCGAGGGCUUUGAUGACUUGACAUUUACAAUCCCUUUCCAGAAGAGUAAUCUAGGCGAACCAGCAAGCCUUCCCCGAAUCGAGCCCUUCAGUCUAAUUGCUACUACUAUGGCGUCUCUAUUCGACACACAGAUUAAUCGGAUCAAGGAGGAAAUAAAAGCCUUUUUGAAACAACUCGAGAAAAGAAGAGACACUGUAGACACCAGCCGUAAUUAUAUCAUAGCUGGCGGCUUGGGAAGUUCUCCCUACUUCAAGGACAGGCGAUGAACGCCUUCCGUCCACCCGCCAGAGUGCUGUGCAUGAAUUGAGCUAGUUAAGAUUGGAGGCAUUUCGAUCUCGCUCGGCCAAUGGAGGCUAACCUGGUC